AUGUCAAAACCUGCUACUCAAAGCGUCACCAGCGACUCUCCCGAACGAACCUUCUCAUAUGCUGACGCAGCCAAGAAAUCAUCUGAACCUAGUCGUGACAACUCUCCAGCUUGUGUAGCCGUCGCGUCUCCUUCGGCCAAAUCUGAUUCUCCAGCUCCUCAAACUCCAACCCUCGACUCAGCAGAUCAGUGCGGCGCUGAGGUUUUACCCUGUGCUGAUGUUGCAGCUAGAGGUUCCGGAGUUGCAGAUGGUCUCUCCUUUUUCUAUGAUGAAAGCGAAGCGGCACAAUGUGAGGAUGAACAAGCAUAA